GAUUCACGCUGUACUCUCGCACCCGGAAAGUAGCAGCUCCUGGCCUUUGGCAGUAGCUGGUGGGGUGGCCCAGGUUUUGUCACAUCGGAUAGUUCGUGUUAUGGCCUCCAAACGAGCGCAGGGUGAGUUUGACAACACAGAGAAGAGGAAGAGGAAGAAGAAGCGCUCCGAGGAGACCGCUGAGCUUUGUGCAGAUGUGGAGGACGAACAUGUGAAGAGAGCCAUGAAGGAGGCAUGGAGCAGCAGGACCCACUACAGCCACGGAGAUUUAGAGUUGGACUGCCACCCUUUUCCUCACUGUAUCAUCAGGAACUUCCUCAGAAGUGAAACCUUUGUUGAAAACCUUCAGAGAGAGCUGCUGGAACUCAACUUCCACGAGAAGUCAAAUGAUAUGUACAAAUUUAAACAGUCAGACGACUUGAAGAAGAGACGGGAGCCACAUAUUGCGAGACUGAGGGCAGCUCUGUUUGGGCGUUUUCGUCCGUGGCUCGGGGAAGUGUUGGGUGUUGAGCUUGAGCCCACAGUGGAUAUUUCUUGUGCUAAAUAUGAAUACACAGAUGUUCUUUUGUGUCAUGAUGAUGAACUGGAGGGAAGGCGUGUUGCUUUCAUUUUGUAUCUGGUGCCUCCAUGGCAGAGCUGUGAUGGGGGAACCCUCGACCUUUACACAACAGACAAUAAUUUCCAACCACAGAGUAUAGUGAAGUCCCUUGUACCCUCUUGGAACACGCUCAUACUUUUUGAAGUUUCUCCCAUCUCUUUUCACCAGGUGUCUGAAGUUUUGUCACAGGACAAGUGUCGUCUGUCUCUUAGUGGCUGGUUUCAUGGACCCUCUCUGGAACGACCUCCUCGUUACAUAGAGCCUCCCAUCCCGAAGAGUCCACACUUGCCGAGAGACGAGACAAUGCUGCUUGAGUGGAUCAAUCCCCUGUACUUGGAUAUUUCUUAUCAAGAGAAGAUCCAGGUGGAGUUUGAGGACAGCUCUGAAAUUCAGCUCAAAGAUUUUCUCAAGGAGGAGAAGUUCAGGGAGGUGAGUGAAGCACUGCAACAGGCUCAGAUUCAGUGGAAGAAAAGAGGUCCACCCAAUAAGAGAUGUUACGAGGUGGCCUGUCUGGACACGCUACCUCUGUGUGUGAGUGCAUGUUGGGAGCUGCUUCGUUCAGAGGCGUUCUUUCUGCUCCUGUCCAACUUUACUGGCCUUUGCUUGCAUUACCUGUGUCCUACUGAUGAUGAAGACGAAGAGAAAGAGCGGCAAGAAGAGGGAGAAGUGGCAGGAUCUUCAACUGAAUCAUCAGCAAAUGCAAGUGUAAAAAAAGAGCCAAGUACACCUGUGUGUUGUGGAGAAGUGCGUCGAUGGUCUCAUGGCAGCUACACUUUGCUGCACGAUGGAGAGGCAGCACGGGCCGAGUACGCUUUAGACCUUGUGCUGCCUUUUGGCUGCACAGACUGGCAGCCAGAGUUUGGGGGCUUCACAUGUUAUGUUGCUAAUGAGGAGGAUGAGGAGCUUCUGACAGUGUAUCCAGAGGAUAAUUCUCUCGCUCUCGUCUACAGAGACAAAGAAACCCUCAAAUUUGCCAAACAUGUCAACCAUAAAUGCUCCUCUGCAGGCAGUCCCACCUGCCAAGAGUUUUAUGAUUUUUCUUUUGUCUACUAUGAAUAAAUAUGUAUAUGUUUAAAUAUA